AACUCGCUCUGGCGUCCCCUCCUCCCCUUGCCUGGGGGGACAAAGUCCGUACGUUGUGAUUUAAGCCUGCAUUUCCGCUGUCCUUGUAAGACCUGCCUAAAAUGCGAGCCGCUUGCCAUGGAAGGUUGAUUCGUGCAGCUGCUCCUGCUGCCGGCCCCGUAAACAGCUUAAUAAAGAGGAAGGAGCAUUUCUCUGGCCCUAGUGACGCGUGCCUGGAUGUAACUUCACCUCGGAAGCUGUCCGCUGCUGCUAUAGCUCUAAGGAACACGCUCGCACAGGGCUGAAGAGGCUCUGAACCUAUCCUUCAAGCGAUUUUAUUUUGGUGGGGGGAGGGGGAGCGUCGCAGCUCCUGCCAGGAGAGGCAAACAACCUUGCUCUCGAAUAAUUUGGGCUAGUCUCCGGGCAAGAAAAAAGCUUUUAUUGGCUGGGAGGGUAAAGCUCUUCUUCCUUCGUUUUGAAUCGCCCUGAGAAAUAAAGUACCGUCCAGCGGCUCCACCUGGAGAAUGGGAACUGGUGGAGAUCCUUACCAGCUAUUCUGUUUAUUUUGGAACAAAGAUGCCUGUUGCCAGCCAGAGUCACGGUUCGGUCUGCUGAUGGAUGAAUGAGCUGCAAGUGCUAAGUGAGAGAUACAAGCUCCUCCAACCUGCCACACCUUUCUUCUUGAAUUGUGAGAACCUUGGAGAUGAGGAGCAGGAGCAAUUCCGGAGUCCGUUUAGAUGGUUAUGCUCGGCUUGUUCAACAGACCAUUUUGAGUAAUCAGAACCCAGUUACAGGACUGCUCUCUGCCAGCACAGAACAAAAGGAUGCUUGGGUCCGAGACAACAUAUAUAGCAUUUUGGCUGUGUGGGGCUUGGGCAUGGCCUACAGGAAGAAUGCAGAUCGAGAUGAAGAUAAAGCCAAAGCAUAUGAAUUGGAGCAGAAUGUUGUGAAACUGAUGCGAGGACUUCUGCAAUGUAUGAUGAGACAGGUAGAUAAAGUUGAGAAGUUCAAGCACACACAGAGUACCCGGGACUGCCUACAUGCCAAAUAUAACACAGCCACCUGUGACACUGUAGUAGCAGAUCAUGAGUGGGGACAUCUACAAGUAGAUGCAACUUCCCUUUACCUUCUUUUCCUGGCGCAGAUGACAGCUUCUGGUUUGCGUAUUGUCUUCACCCUUGAUGAAGUUGCCUUUAUACAGAAUCUAGUGUUUUACAUAGAGGCUGCAUACAAAGUGGCUGAUUAUGGCAUGUGGGAACGUGGUGAUAAGACAAAUCAGGGUAUCCCUGAACUGAAUGCAAGCUCUGUAGGAAUGGCCAAAGCCGCAUUGGAAGCAAUAGAUGAAUUGGACCUGUUUGGAGCUGGAGGAGGACACAAGUCAGUUAUUCAUGUUCUUCCAGAUGAAGUUGAACAUUGUCAGUCUAUUCUAUAUUCCAUGUUGCCGAGGGCAUCCACAUCAAAAGAGAUCGAUGCGGGACUUUUAUCUAUUAUUUCUUAUCCAGCCUUUGCUGUGGAGGACAUGAACAUUGUCAAUGUGACUAAAAAUGAAAUUAUCACUAAACUUCAAGGGCGAUAUGGUUGCUGUCGUUUCCUUCGAGAUGGCUAUAAAACACCAAGAGAGGAUCCAAAUAGGUUACACUAUGAUCCUGCUGAGCUCAAGUUAUUUGAAAAUAUAGAAUGUGAGUGGCCUGUAUUUUGGACAUAUUUCCUAAUUGAUGGAGUGUUUAAUGGAGAUUUAAUUCAGGUGCAAGAGUACAGAGAAGCCUUAGAAGCAAUACUCAUUAGAAAAAAGAAUGGGAUUCUUUUGAUGCCAGAACUGUAUGCUGUUCCUCCAGAUAAGGUGAAUGAAGAAUAUGAGAAUCCUCACACGGUGGAUCGUAUUCCAGCUGGAAAGCUACCUCAUCUCUGGGGCCAGUCAUUAUACAUCCUCAGUGCACUCUUAGCAGAGGGAUUUCUGGCUACUGGUGAAAUUGAUCCGUUAAAUAGGAGGUUUUCGACUGCCUUUAAGCCUGAUGUUGUUGUUCAAGUAACGGUCCUAGCAGAGACAAAUGAAAUUAAGCAACUCUUGAGACAUCAUGGAAUCCAUGUUCAGAGCAUUGCUGACAUUCAUCCAAUCAGAGUGCAGCCAGCACGGAUUUUGAGCAGUUUAUAUGCUAAGCUUGGCCGCAACAAGAACAUGAAACUGAGUGGAAGACCUUAUCGACAUAUUGGUGUUCUGGGAACUUCCAAACUAUAUGUUAUAAGAAAUCAGAUCUUUACUUUUACUCCUCAGUUUACAGAUCAACAUCACUUCUACUUGGCUUUAGACAAUCGGAUGAUUGUGGAGAUGAUCCGAACAGAGCUAGCUUAUCUAACUUCCUGUUGGAGGAUGACGGGAAGACCAACCCUCACUUUUCCAAUCACCAAUACAAUGCUAAUUGAUGAUGGCUCUGACAUUGAUCCUGCAAUUCUUGCUACUGUAAGGAAACUUGGAGAUGGAUACUUUGGAGGGGCUAGGGUGAAGUUGGGCAAGCUUUCAGAGUUUCUCACGACUUCAUUCCAUACAAACCUCAGCUUUCUGGAUCCAGAUUGUGAUGGAAAACUCUUUGAUGAUGAUAGUGAAGGCUAUUCUAGUCCUGAAAGUGGCUAUGAACUGGAAGAUUAUGCAGACUUCUGUGUCAAAGAAAGCCAGGAUGAACUGGACCAGUAUAUAAACAGUAUGUUGCAGAGCACUGCUCUUAAAUCCUACUUGCCUCCAGUUUCAAAAGCCUCCAGUUCACCCCAUGUAUUUAGUGCCGCUCAUUCUACCAGAGAAAUACUCUCAGUCAUGGCCAAGGCAAAGGGAUUGAAUGUUCCAAAUGUUUCAAUGUCUCUGCCUACAAAUGUUUUAAACACUCACCGAAAAUCCCUGAACCUUGUUGACUCCCCACAUCCAGUAUCUGACCAAACAGAGAAGAAAAAUGAAGAUCCUAUAUACCAUGAGCCGGAGGCUGUUCUUCAGUUGCCCAAAGAUGCUCAUGGUGAUUUGGACUGUGAGAAAUUAGUCGAUAAGCUAAAGGAAUGCCCUACUUUACAUGAUCAGGCAGACAUAUUGUAUAUCUUGUAUCUAAUAAAAGGCCUUGACUGGGAAACACAACUCUAUGGCCAGUGUGGAGUCACAGUUCAUUGUCUUCUCAAUGAGCUCUACAGCAAAGCAGGCCUGAACCAAGAAUGGGGUUUAAUCCGCUACAUUUCUGGCAUACUUAAAAAAAGAGUGGAGGUCCUCUCUGAGGCAUGCACAGACCUCCUGUCACACCAGAAGCAACUUACAGUGGGCCUGCCACCUGAGCCUCGUGAAAAAACAAUUAUAGCCCCUUUGCCACCAGAGAAGCUGACAAAACUUAUCUAUGAAGCCAGUGGCCAGGACAUCAGCAUUGCAGUACUUACACAGGAAAUUAUGGUGUACUUGGCUAUGUAUGUCCGGUCGCAACCCAGUCUCUUUGCAGAGAUGCUCAGACUCCGCAUUGGACUCAUCAUUCAAGUAAUGGCCACUGAACUGGCUCGUAGCUUGAAUUGUUCAGGAGAGGAGGCGUCAGAAAGCUUGAUGAAUCUCAGCCCCUUUGAUAUGAAAAGUCUCCUGCACCAUAUUCUCAGCGGGAAAGAGUUUGGAGUUGAGAGAAGCAUGCGUCCUCUUGAUUCUUGUACAUCAAGCCCUGCUAUAUCUAUUCAUGAAGUCGGCCACACAGGAGCAACUAAAACAGAAAGAAGUGGCAUCACCAGGCUGAAGAGUGAGAUGAAGCAGAGGCAUAGGAGACUAAGUAGUAGUGAACAGUUCUUCUAUGGGGGCCAUUCCACAUCCAGCAGCAUGCACUCUUCCAGGUCUAUGAGAUGUAGUAGUCCAUCUUCUCCCACCAGUACUUCAUCCCCUACAGGGUUUGGUGGACACAGUAUAAGCUGGGGUGAUCGACAAGGGCAAUGGCUUCGUAGGAGGCGGCUUGAUGGUGCCAUUAACAGAGUGCCCGUCGGCUUCUAUCAAAAAGUAUGGAAGAUCCUUCAAAAGUGUCACGGUCUGUCCAUUGAUGGUUAUGUCCUUCCUUCUUCAACGACAAGAGAGAUGACACCUUGUGAAAUCAAGUUUGCUGUCCAUGUGGAAUCAGUACUGAACCAUGUACCCCAGCCUGAAUACAGGCAACUGCUAGUGGAGGCCAUCCUUGUCGUUGCGCUGUUAUCGGAAAUCGAGGUGAACAGCAUUGGAGGCAUAAUUCACGUGGAUCGGAUUGUGCACAUAGCAAACGAUCUCUUUCUCCAGGAACAGAAAUCCCUUGGAACAGCUGAUGGCUUCUUGGAACGAGACCUUGCCACAGGGAUCUGCUAUUUCUUCUAUGACAGUGCCCCGAGUGGUGCUUAUGGAACCAUGACUUACCUAACAAAAGCAGUGGCAGGUUACCUACAAGAGUUUCUCCCAAGCACAGGCUGCCUGAUGCAAUGAACUGUCUAAAGUACAAGAAAGAAUCUUUUAAAAUUGAAAGCUCUUUAUCUCAUGCUACCUUCUCUGGAACCUUCCCCCUUGAUUAGUCUAUAGCUCUAUUCACGCAUUAUGUUUGAAAUUUGUAUGAAGAGUGUACGCAGGUGCAGUUAGUCACUCAUUAUGUAGAAUAGGAUGUGUUUGAAGAGCCUGCACUUUUACUUUUAAAAUGAAUGCAGGUACAGUUAUUCACACAAAACCACGUACGAGCGUGCAAACAUCUGUAUACAUGUUCAGCAUAAUUUCUGAAUAAGGCUUAUACUUCUACCUCAACACUCUGCUCCAUAUGACCAUUUAAAGAGAAUGUGGACCUAUAGGCAGUGUGCAAGGUUUUGUGGACGAUGCUCUGACCAGUAAAUAUAAAUCCGGAUGUACAGAUUUGGGUACAUGAUGUUAAACACUGUGUAAAGGUGCAAAACUUCUGGGCAUUCUUACAUGCAUGAGAGGAUAGUGUCUCUUUAGUACCAAUCUGCAUAUAUAGUCUAUUUAGGUUGCACAGCAUUGUUUAAUUUAAGCUUAGCAUUAUGUUCAUAUGAUAGCAAAACAUUUUGUAAUAAACAAAUGGAAUAUAAUUCACCCCUCACAUCAGCCUUGAGGAGGAGCGCCAUUCAAUCCGUUGUGAUAGCUGAACUACGUCAAUUUAGCUGAAAAUCUUUCAUUGCAAGGGUUAUUUCUACCAUGGAAACAAACUGGAGUAAGGAAUAGGGAACAGUGGCUGACAUACUGCACAGUACUUGCAACUUAUUGUUCAUGCAGUUGUACAAAAAAGAGUGCUGUUUGUGCCAAUUGCACAAUUCUUACUAACGUGGUUGCACAACUGACCACCACUAAAAUAAUGGCUGUCCGUUGCACAACUGUGUUGCACAAUUCUUGAUAUUAGCACAACAGCACCCUUGUACAGCUGUGUAAGUGUUACAUUGCAAUAUGCACAUAAUAUUGCACAGUAUGUCAGCCAAAUAAUUUCAGACUUCUAAAUUAGUAACAUCCAGGGUUUAUACCUUGCAAAAUCCCUUCAUAGAAUGCACUUCUGGGCAAGAAUUAACAGGAAAUACCUGUGCAAAGCAUCGGUUGGUAUUAUUUUAAAUAAUUCUUCAUAAUUAGGACUGCAACAUUUUGUUCAUCUGUUAGAUUAAUCCAGUCACAAUCAUGUUAAUAAACUAUGCCUCAAUUAAUCAGUCAGCAGUUGUGUGUGAGUGAGUGAAAGAAAGAAUUCAAGUACUUGUAAAAACUGCAAAUGGCAAGUACCCUCUUAAAUGAAGCAUUCUCCUUCUGUGUAAGGAAGAUUAGGAAAUACCUUUUCUUAGAUGCCUGCAGUGAUGCAGCUGAGCAUUAUCUAUACACAGAGCAUAGCCUUUUUAAAUGCAGAAUUAUUGGUUUUCUCUUAUGCAAAUUAAUGCAGAUUUAAUUGUCUGACUUGGGUGACAGCUCUACUAACAAUACAACACAUUCACAUUUUUUACACUGCAUAUUAUGUAUGGACAUGACUGCCUGGGAAUUCAUGGCCAUUUGUACAACACAUGUAUUCUUUGUUGUUUCUUUAAAGCUGCUUGUAAGAUAAAUGGACAUGAAGAUGUGCACUGGUUUCAUGCUAAUUUCUACACUGUGUAGAAAUCUUUUCAUCUGCAACAUGGUCUCAAAAAUGGGUUUCAUGCCUUCAUAGGAGAGGAUUCCAAAAGUUGACUUGAAACUGAUUAAAAGCUCUCUCUAAUGUA